AUGUCAUCAACAAAUACAACAACUGUAUCAACAUUACAGCAAUUAGACUCUUCUCUUGUCAUGAAUUUAUUACGUUAUCUAAUAGCUUUAAAUGUGAUUUUGUCUAAUGGAUUUUUGUUGUUUCUUUUUAUUAGACACCGUUCUCUUCGAAAUACCCAAUGUAAUCUGCUAAUAGCUGCAAAUGCUGUUAUUGAAAUGAUUAUUGGUAUUGGACUAGCAACCCGUGGAACAUUCGAAAUCUAUACUUCAGCUGUCUCUUUAACUUCAUUUACCCAUACUCUUUGUGUUUGGAUUGGUUCUCCUUUGACUGGAGGCUUUGCAGCCAAUCAAGUAACAAUUUUGGGAUUGGCGUUGGAUCGACUGACUGCUGUUGCUAGACCUUUUUCUUAUGGAAAGAAAAAUAAACCAUUCAUCUACACUUGUUAUCUUCUAAUUAUUUUAAUCUUUAUUGGCGCUGUUUUCAUCUCAUUAUGGGGAAUAGAUGAAUCAACACCCUCACAUCAAUGCUCUAUGGGAGCAAAUGCUGGCCCUCUUUUUGCCACAAUUUGGUCUAUCUACGCGCAGAUUAUUACAUUUUCAGUUUUUAGUAGGUCUUGCACAUAUAUUGGAAUGCUUAUUCUCUUCUACCGACAAAAUCGUCGUUUCCUCAGCACAACAACAAAAACAAAAAUAACUCAAGUUGCUCCAUCCCCCAGACAAAUGGUCCAAAUAAAUGGAGAAAAUAGUCCUGUUGUAACUAAUUUAAAUACUAUAACCAACAACACAACAACAAAUUCUUGGGAAGCAAAAAGGAAAAGUAAUGUAAAUUUAAAUACAAAUCAAAAUCAACAACAAAAACAACAAAUGCGUUUAACCCUUUUAGUGGCAUUAAUUUUGUUAAUUUAUACAAUUUGUUGGGCAUUUCCAACAGCUAUUUGGUUCCUUUUCAUUGUUACCGACUAUGGAAAUCGUUCCAGAAUCAAUACAGUUACUUAUAUUCAAGGCUUUUUGACUCCAUUUGGAGCAGGAAUUAAUUUAUAUAUUUAUUUGUGGAGACAUGCCGAAAUUAGAAAAUGUGCACGGUCUUCAUUUCCAACAUUAAAACGCAUUCUUGCUGACGAUACUUUAUCAAAUACUCAAAUGAGUUAA